AGCAGUAGUCGCAUUGCACGCACAGUAAAGCAGCCAUGGCCACUCUUGAUACCUGCGGAGAGUGGCUGGUUACAACAUGCGACAAGAAACUUAUUGCCAUUCAUACCAAACAAUCCAGAGAGCCUUUCGUGUUCGACUGCAGCACCGCUGAAAAGAAGCCAGAGGACAAAGAGACUGACAACAAAAGUGAUGGUGGUGGUCCUGAAGAACCUGGAAAUGACAAAAUCCUGGCCUUUGCUGCAUCUCCUUCUGGAAAACUGGCAGCAUUGACUGAUGACAGUAAACGCCUGAUACUAUUCAGCUGUGACCCAUCAUGGCAGUGUAUAUGCACUAGGUCUGUGGUUCGGAGGUGCACUUCCCUGGUGUUCAGCCAAGCCGAGGACCAGGUCAUGGCAGCAGACAAGUCAGGAGAUGUUUAUUCUUUCUCUGUAACAGAGCCCCAGAAGGAAGGGGAGCUGAAGCUGGGACAUCUGUCCAUGCUGCUAGCCAUAGCACUGACGCCCAACGAUAAAUAUAUUGUCACAGCAGAUCGGGAUGAGAAGAUCAGGGUCAGCCACCUCAAGUCUCCCUACAACAUCCAGUCAUUCUGCUUAGGGCAUCUGGAGUUUGUUAGUGCCUUGUUGAUCCCAUCUAGUCAUCCACAGUGGCUAAUGUCUGGAUCAGGGGAUGGGACAGUGAAGUUGUGGGACUAUGAGUCUGGCCGUAAACUGGACAGCUGGAACAUGAUAGAGCACGAAGACGCACCGAGCCUUGAGACUGAUAAAGAGAAGGUAACCUCGAAAUCUGCAGUGUCCCGGAUUGCCUCCUCCCCUGAUGGUCAUCACAUAGCUGUGCAGUGUGAGAGAGUACCUACGUUGCAGUUUUUAGGGCUUGACCAGGGUGAGAAAGAGAAACUUGUGCCAUGUGGUGGGAUGACGUUGCCUCACUGUCCCCUGGACAUGACCUUUGACCGCCAAGGCCGGCUCUGGGUGCUGUUGGACUCCAGCGACACACUGCUCCAGAUGUAUACACAUACACAAGACCAGUGGAAGUGUGAUGCCAAGAGCCCAGAAUUUAACAGAGUGGCUGAAGCCCUCAAGCCACAUUUGGAGGCUUUUCAGGCCUCUGCCAGGGCGCAAAGCCGCUUCCUGCACUUGUACAAGGUGAACUUUGACAACAUGGCAUCAUACAUGCAGCGGAAACAGCAGCGGCUGGAGCAGCAGAAAAGUGACAGUGGGAAGAAGCGGACAGCCGGGGAUGUGCAGAAGGCCGCCAACAGAGCAGCUAGCAAAAAAGCCAGAGAGGACAAGUCGGAGGCAGUGUCGCAAACUGAAAGCUGAAAUAACCAAGCUCGGGAACGACUGACUUUAUUUCUGUUUUUUUUUUUUUAAUUUCUUUCGAGUCUCAGAUGAAUUUCAGGCAAAGGAGUGUUUUGAUGAACAACUGGGGUUCUCCAUGAUUCAUCGCAUGGCCAGCAUUGCUGUAUUUUUCUGUUGAAAAUAUAGUUGAUUUUUAAAAAUAAAUGCCGUUACG